AUGCAGCAGACGAUUCAACCCAUUCUUCACGGAGCUGCAAGCGCGAGCUCCUACCGAGAGUUUGGGAGCAAGUUCAUCUUUCUCGAAGUCGUCGGCAAGCCGCCGGAAGUAGCGUCCACGUCGCCACCGCGACAUCUCACGACGCACUUGCGGCCCGGACAGGUCGCCAUCUCGUCCGAGGCGAAAUACGUCUACGUGGCCCGAAACCCCUGGGACGUGUGCGCCUCGCUGUACGACCCUCAACGGGAACUUUGUGGAGCCCUCGACGGACAAACGUUCGACGACUUCGUGUCCCUGUUUUUACAAGGGCUAAUGGGACCCGGCGACUACUUCGAGCACGUGCGCGCGGGCUACCUGAGAAAAGACGAGCCGAACGUCUUCUUCGUGACGAUCGAGGAAAUGAUGGGAGGCCACGCAGGCGUCGUCUGGCGUCUCGCGGACUUUCUGGGCAGAGAAUACGGCGAUGCGCUGCGUCAAAACUCGGAAUUGCUAAGUGAAGUCGUCAGCAAGUGCAGCUCUGAUUACAUGAAGAGCAUCUUGACAGCUUCCAAACAGAUCGUUAACGAAGUUCUGCCGGCUAAAGCGGAAAAUGCGCGCACGGGAGACUUGCAGGACAAUGAGAUCAGGGACCAGCGCACCUAUUGA